AGGUACACCUUCAAUUUCACACAACUAAGUUUUUUUUAUUUUUGUUGCUCUUACUUUUAAGAUUUGUUGUUUUUAAUUAAUUAAUUGUUUAUGAUCAUUAAUUAUUAUUAGCUUAAUUAGUACUUAGAAUAUGCUUAUUCAGUUAUUUAUUUGAUAUGAUAUGCAUAAUGAAGUUGAGUUUGGGUAAUUUUGGAUUUGAAGCUAAUGUAUUACUUAUAUAUGCUUUGAGCCUUUGAGGUGAGUUUGUUAGGUAGUACUGUAUGAGGUGGCAGUGUGUUUCAACUUUGUUGAUGAGUUUAGGUGGGUUAGAUUGGGAAAUGUAAUGGUUGGUUUUUACUUUGUAUAGUACAGACACUCCUCAGAUUAACCGUGUUCCGGUGUCGGACACGCUACCAAUACAACACAACACCAUCAGAAAUGAUUUAAUUAAAUAAUGUCAUUUUCUCAAAUUAUUAUCAGUGUCAACGUGUCAGUAUCCAUGUCGUGUACGUCUGUAUGUGGCUGUGCUUCAUAGCUUUUUAUUGUUUGUUGGUGAGUGUUUUUUUUUUUUUUUGAAAGUUUGUUGGCGCGUGUUUGAGUUGACUGUGAGUCCGAUGAAAUUAGGGUGGUACUUGAUUUUGUUGAAGCUUUAAAGUAUAGUUUUUGUUAAAAUUGCGGUACUGUGAUUGAUGAUUUUGUCAAACUUUUUGAAUAUCACUAACGCUGGAUUCGAACAGCAGUGGUUUAGGUAGUAGAGGUACAAACCCCAAACCACACAAGGAACCGGCUGAUUUUGUCAAACUUACUGUUGUUCUGAAUGUGUACGAAGUGAUGUUUGAUUUAAUAGAUUUUUGAAAUGGAAAAUGUGGCUUGAUUGAAUGACUUUACUAUUAUAGUUUUCACAAUUUAGUUCUUUUUGAGAUGAAUUAGUUGUGUGGAUAAGUUCUUGAUCAAUGAUGGUAGAGUUGCAGAUGAAUUUGUUGUGUGGAUAAGUUCUUGAUCAAUGAUGGUAGAGUUGCAUUCUGUUUGAAUUUUUAAUUUUUUGGUUUUGUAUUGGAUUAUAGAGGUGGGUUAUCUUUGUGUGGUUUGUGGUUGUUUGACUUUGGAAAGCAGGCUGAACUGUGUUGAGUGUUGACACUAGGGUUCUUUGCAUUUAAUUUAGAAUGAUUUGUGUAUUUCGUCAUAAAUGAUUGUUAGACUAUUUGUUUGUUUCUAUGAUGUAUUUAGCCACUUGUUAAUAGUUGUUAGGAAUUCGUUAGAGGUGUUGCCUUUGUAACUGACUAUGUUCCCUAUAUAAGUCCAAAACUCGGCUCUCAGCAAGACAGAUUCAGAAUACAAUUUACAUUUUUCAGAUUUUUGUUUUAUCACAAACUCUCUGUUUCUCUCAUUCUUAAACACUAGAUCCAAAUCUAUCAAUAAUGUUGGAAUUAAUGCCAUUAUGCGCUUUGCCUCGUCUUUUUCUUGGACAUGUACCAUUAUACCAAUGUUGCUGUUAUUACAACCUUUCUUGGUCAUUUUAUAGUACCCUUAAAAUCAUCAAAGCAAGUUCUCAUCAUGGAUAUAGAUCUCAGGUUACCCUCUGGUGAACAUGAUAAAGAAGAAGAAGAAACAACUACACUUGAUAACAUGUUGGAGGGUGAAGAAAAAUUGCACAAUGGAGAUAUUGAUGGAAGGCAUAUGGUUGAUGCUGGCAUUGAACUACAUGCUCUAAAUGGUGGAGAUUUGAAUUCCCCCACGGUUGAUAUGGUGAUGUUCAAGGAAGAUACAAAUCUUGAACCACUUUUUGGCAUGGAAUUCGAGUCUCAUGGGGAAGCUUAUUCUUUCUACCAAGAAUAUGCUCGGUCAAUGGGGUUCAACACUGCAAUACAAAAUAGUCGUCGUUCAAAAACAUCAAGAGAAUUCAUAGAUGCAAAGUUUGCUUGUUCCAGAUAUGGAACCAAAAGAGAGUAUGAUAAAUCCUUCAAUCGACCACGAGCACGACAGCAUAAGCAAGAAUCUGAAAAUUCAACUGGUCGAAGAUCUUGCUCUAAGACCGAUUGCAAAGCAAGCAUGCAUGUAAAAAGAAGGCCAGAUGGGAAAUGGGUUAUACAUAGCUUUGUGAAGGAGCAUAAUCACGAGCUUUUACCUGCCCAGGCAGUAAGUGAGCAAACAAGAAAAAUGUAUGCUGUGAUGGCCAGGCAGUUUGCAGAAUACAAGACUGUGGUUGGUGUCAAGAAUGAAAAGAAUCAAUUCGAUAAAGGUCGGAAUUUGGGUCUGGAGUUUGUGGAGGCCAAACUUAUGCUUGAUUUUUUUAUUCAGAUGCAAAGCAUGAACUCCAACUUCUUUUAUGCAGUAGAUCUUGGUGAGGAUCAACGUCUGAAAAAUCUUUUAUGGAUUGAUGCUAAAAGUAGGCAUGACUAUAUCAACUUUUGUGAUGUAGUGUCAUUUGAUACCACCUAUGUUAGAAACAAAUAUAAGAUGCCUCUUGUACUUUUUGUUGGGGUGAACCAGCACUACCAAUUUAUAUUACUCGGGUGUGCCUUGAUAUCAGAUGAAAGUGCAGCAACAUUUUCUUGGCUAUUACGGACGUGGCUGAAAGGUGUUGGUGGCCAAGUUCCAAAAGUGAUCAUUACGGACCAUGACAUGACUUUGAAGUCAGUUAUUUCAGAUGUAAUUCCCAGUGCUUGUCAUUGUGUUUGCUUAUGGCAUAUACUGGGGAAGGUAUCUGAAAAUCUAGCUCAUGUAAUUAAAAAACAUGUGAAUUUUAUGACAAAAUUUGAAAAAUGCGUAUUUAGGUCAUUAACCAGUGAUGAUUUUGACAAUAGAUGGGAGAAAAUUUUGGAUAGAUUUGAGCUUCGACAGGAUGAAUGCAUGCAGUCUUUGUAUGAAGAUCGCAAGUUAUGGGCACCAACAUUCAUGAAGGAUGUGUUUUUAGGUGGCAUGUCUACUCCCCAACGAUCUGAAAGUGUAAAUUCAUUCUUUGACAAAUAUGUUCACAGGAAGACCUAUAUACAAGAUUUUGUUAAACAGUAUGAAACCAUCUUGCAAGACAGGUAUGAAGAGGAAGCAAAGGCAGAUUCUGAUACUUGGAACAAAGUAGCAACAUUAAAAACUCCUUCACCUUUAGAAAAGAGUGUUGCAGGGAUUUUCACCCAUACAGUAUUCAAGAAGAUUCAAGCUGAGAUUAUUGGUGCAGUGGCUUGCCAUCCUAAACUUGACAGGCAGGAUGAGACAACCAUUGUUCACAGGGUGCAUGAUAUGGAAACAAGAAAAGACUUUUUUGUUGUGGUGAAUGAAGUAAAUUCAGAGUUGUCUUGUAUAUGUCGGCAAUUUGAAUAUAAAGGUUAUCUUUGUCGACAUGCAUUGGUGGUUCUUCAAUAUUCUGGCCAUUCGGUGUUCCCAUCUCAAUAUGUUUUGAAGCGGUGGACAAAAGAUGCAAAGAUCAGAAACGUAACAGGGGAAGAAUCUGAACAUAUGCUGGCUAGGGUGCAACGAUACAAUGAUUUAUGUCAUCGAUCACUAAAACUGAGCGAAGAGGGAUCAUUGUCUCAAGAUAGUUAUGGUAUUGCAUUCCAUGCACUAAAUGAGGCGCACAAAAAUUGUGUGAGUGUUAACAAUUCUAGCAAGAGUCCUACAGAAGCUGGUACAUCAGGGGUUCAUGGCCAGCUUUCCAUUGAAGAAGAUACCCAAAGUAGAAAUAUGGGAAAGUCGAACAAAAAGAAAAAUCCAACUAAAAAGAAAAAGGUGAACUCAGAGGCAGAAGUGAUGACUGUCGGGGCACUAGACAACUUGCAACAAAUGGACAAAUUCAGCGCAAGAACUGCAGUACUUGAAGGUUAUUAUGGCACACAACAGAGUGUGCAGGGAAUGUUGAACUUAAUGGGACCAACACGUGAUGAUUACUACGGGAAUCAACAGACUCUUCAGGGACUGGGACCAAUAAAUUCCAUACCAACUAGCCACGAUGGUUAUUAUGGUGCACACCAAAGCAUGCCCGGUUUGGCACAACUGGAUUUUUUGCGAACUGGUUUCACAUAUGGAAUUAGGGUUAGUAUGCAGGAUGAUCCUAAUGUGAGAGCAGCACAGUUACACGAGGAUCCAUCAAGACACGCGUGAGCGCUACUAUAUAAUUCAAAUCAAGGCUAGGCAAACAAGGACAUUGAACUGCUCAUCUGUAUCAUCUGAUGUAGAGAUUGGAAUACCUCAAAAUCCCAAUUGAGGUUAUAUUGGAAAACCUCCAAAUCCAGUAUCCAGUAUUUGUAAUAUAAUGCUGUUAUAUUAAUAAAUAAAUAUAGAAUAACUUCUGCUAACGUGUACUAUAAUAUUAUUUAUAUAGGUGGGGUAAGUCUUCUGAGUUCAACCUCAUGUAGAGAUUGUUGUAUUAUAUAAACUUGUUAUUCUUUAGGCUACUUGGGGAAAUUGUAAGUAUAAACUAUUUAUUAAUGUGGGUAUUUGCAUGCUUAUAUGUGCAAAAGAUAGUGAAAUCUCAUUCAUCUAUAA